AUGGCCCAGUCGAUCGACCUUAUAGCACCUAAUGGCGCGAAGUGGACACAGCCCACUGGCCUCUUUAUCAACAACGAAUUUGUCCCCUCCAAAUCCGGCUCAACACUAGAGUCGAUAAAUCCUUACGACGAGUCCGUCAUCGCAAAGGUCUCCGCCGGUAACGAAGAUGAUGUAGAUGCUGCAGUCGCUGCAGCACGAGCUGCCUUCAAGUCAUCAGCAUGGCGCGACAUUUCUGCCGCCGAACGAGGCCAACUGCUGUGGAAGCUCGGAGACCUUUGCGAGAAGAACAGCCAUAUUCUUGCUACCGUCGAUGCGUGGGAUAACGGCAAGCCUUACCAGCAAGCCAUGGACGAAGACGUCGCUGAGACUAUCUCGGUCUUCAGGUAUUACGCAGGAUGGGCGGACAAGGUGUAUGGGCAGACGAUUGAGACAAGCAAUGCGAAGCUGGCGUAUACCAAACACGAACCCCUUGGUGUCUGUGGACAGAUAAUCCCAUGGAACUUCCCUGUCAUGAUGGCUGCUUGGAAACUCGGUCCAGCAUUAGCUUGCGGAAACACCGUUGUGCUCAAGCCAGCAGAGCAGACACCACUUGGGGCACUAUUCCUGGCCACCUUGAUCAAGGAGGCUGGUUUCCCUCCAGGUGUGGUUAACAUCGUCAACGGCUACGGAAAGAGCGCAGGCUCGCGGCUUUCUGAACAUCCGAAUGUCGACAAAAUUGCUUUCACAGGAAGCACCAUUACCGGCCGGGCCAUCAUGAAGGCUGCAGCAACGAACCUGAAGAACAUCACUUUAGAGACUGGCGGCAAGAGCCCACUCCUUGUCUUCGAUGACUGCGAUCUCGAACAGGCUGUGAAGUGGUCGCACAUGGGUAUCAUGGGGAACAUGGGCCAAGUCUGCACAGCAACAUCCCGGCUCUAUGUCCAGGACACCAUCUACGACAAGUUCCUCGAAGCGUUCAAGAAGCAGACCAAAGAGAGUACCAAGAUUGGUUCGCAGUUCGAUGCCGACACCAACCAUGGACCUCAAGUCAGCAAAGCUGCCCAAGAGAAGAUUCUUGCAUACCUCGACACAGCGAAGUCAGACGGAGCUGAGCUCAUCUUCGGCGGCCAGCAGAGCGGCAUACCAGAGAAGGGAUACUUCGUCGAGCCGACUGUGUUUGCCAACUGCAGCAAUGAUAUGAGGAUUGUGCGCGAAGAGAUUUUCGGUCCUUUUGUUGUUAUUCAGAGCUUCAAGACGGAAGACGAAGCGGUCGAGAAGGCGAACGAUACGGAGUUCGGAUUGGGAGCGGCUGUGUUCACUCGGGACAUUAUGAGGGGCCACCGCGUGGCAGGUGCGAUCGAGGCGGGUAUGGUUUGGAUCAACAGCAGUCAGGACUCGCAUUUCGGGAUCCCCUUCGGUGGCUACAAGCAGAGCGGUAUUGGGAGGGAGCUGGGCGCGUAUGCGCUGUCUGCGUACACGCAAGUGAAAGCUGUCCAUGUUAACUUGGGCACGUUCUUGUAG